AUGCUCCAGAGCUGCAUUGAAAGCAAUACCCCUAAAUACACAGAGGAAUGGACAACGUACUGCCACUAUUGCGAUCCCCAGGCCAAGGAAUUGAUGAAACGAAGGAUACGAAAUGAAGUCCUGUCAGAUAUCUAA